AUGUCCGUCGCCGUCUCUGCACGUGUGCCAGACCAUCACCGCCCACAUCCCCAGCCCCCCCGCGUAGCCGUUGCCAAGAUGCCAGCACGGGUGCAGGCCCGCCCCGUUGCCUCUCGACCCCCUCCGAGCGUUGCCGCGUCAUCAUCCUCCUCCUCUUCCACAAUAUCCCCCCGCGCCACCACUUCCACUCCCCGUCCUGCCGGCUCGUCGCCGGCGGCCACCAUGGCCCCUCCGGGGCGCCAGGCAUUGCCCGCCCUCGCUGUACCAGGCAAGGACCUGUCGUCGUCCACUGGUAAGAUCUUUGCCAAGCCGUCCAAGGAAUGGGUGCUGCCUGAACGUGCCAAGCCUGGCCGCAAGGCCAGCACCGACGAGCCAGACAACCGCCGCCAGAGCCAGAACCGUCUCUCCCAGCGUGCCCACCGCGCACGCCGCACAGAUUACAUCCAGACUCUCGAGGAGCGACUGCGCAAGUACGAGGCCGACGAGAUCCACUCCAAUGUCCGGCUGCAAGAGGUCGCGAGGGCCCUGAAGCAGGACAACGAGCGCAUGAAGAACGAACUCAACCAGCUCGCCGCUGGACUGAAGGCUGCGCGCACCGAGCGCGACGCAUGGCAGUCUGAGCGCAGGCAGCUGAACAGCUCCAUCCGUACACUGCGUACCCAGCUUGCGCAGGCCGAGCACCGCUCGCCCCGCGACUAUGAUUACGAGUAUGGCGACUAUGCCUCGAGCGACCUUGGUCUUCGCCACUCGCCCGCCCUGACGCCUACCAUGGGCACGCCGCGCGGCGCGCCUUCACCGCGUACCCUCAUGCCAUCCUCCACGACCAUUUCGUCAGCAACAGGCAGUACACCGCGCACGCUGGCGACCACGUCGGGGUCGACGACACUCGCGUGCCCCAUCUGCCCCGACCCUGAUCCAGACUGUCCCUGCCAGCGCCUGGACAGCACCCUCCCCAUGUCGACACUGAGCCCGUCGCGCUGUGGCCUGUGCGACCAGUUCCCCGAGGCAUGUCUGUGCAACGGCUCCGCCCACAUGCACCAGGACGAGGACGUCAAGCCCGUCAUCCCGCGCUCGCCGUCGCCCGGUCCCGCGCCAGCAGACGACCCGGGCUGCGGCCUGUGCACGUCCGAGAGCUUUUGCGCCUGCCGUGCCGGCCUGAACCUCGGCGCGUCCAUCAGCCUGCCGCCACCUGUGGCCUCGGCGCCAGCCGCGUCCGCGAGCAUCGGCAUCGCUGCGCCGGCCGUCGCCCUCCGUCUCCGUUCGCGUCCCGCCGCCAAGCAGAGUGUCUGGGCCCUCGACAACGUCCCCGCCGGCACCAGCCGCAAGGAGGCCGUGUGUACCGGUGACCCCAGCAACUGUGAUGCAUGCAGGAACGAUUCGUUUGGUCGUGAAUUCUGUGAAAACCUGUUUGGCAAAAACGACGAGGACGAGGACGAGGCUGGUCCUGGGCCCAGCACUGCCAAGCCCAAGAAGAGCUGCGCCGGGUGCGGCCCCGGUGGCUGCGGCUCGUCGUCGGCGUCCAUGGCCAUCACGUCGCUCGUCAACCCGCCCUCGUCGCCCGUUCCGCAGGCGCCGCUCGUGCUUGCGUGCUGCGGCGCGCCCGAGCUGUGCGGCCACGCAGGCGGCUGUGCCGGCGACGUGCUCAUCGGCGGGCCCCUGCAUAACGGCGAGGACAACAACGACAAUGACAACGAUGACGACGACGACGAGGACGAAGAGGUCAUGCGCCCCGACGAGGCGUGGCACGCACUCAAGGCCCACCCAAACUCGAAAUUCACCCCGCUCGCAAUCCUCGCCGACGUCGUGGCCCGCAGGGCCAAAUGCGUGGGGCCGCGCGUCGAGCUGUCGCCCCCUCCCGAGGCGGCGCCGAGCCACGCUCACGCCCACGUUCACUCCCCGCACAUCCACUCGCACGCUCUCGGCAGCCCCAUCGUCGCCAACGCGGCGAGCGCGCAGGCCCAGGCCCGCGCCCGCGCCAGCGCCCACAAGCGCCGUCUGGCCGUCGAGACCAGCGCCGUGCGUGAGGCCCUCAAGUUCCUCGACAGCGCGACCCCGGCCCCCGAGACGGAACGCGACGCCAAGCGCCAGCGUAUCUAG